AUGUCUAGCUUCACUCAUGCUACUACACUACUCCAUGCUCACAUAAAAACCAAACACAAAAUCACUUCAAGCAACAACCUUAACAACAACAACAACAAUAACCUUUCAUCUUCUAAACAAAAUGCAACCAAUAGAAGAAACUUAAUUUCAACAUUUCUAUCAACAUCAAUGGUUGUUGGAGUUUCCAUUGGCACAACACCAUUAGCAUUAGCACAGAAUUGGGGCACUCGUUCUUUUCUCAGAGAGCAUUUCUUCGAGCCCGGGCUUUCGCCGGAAGACGCGGAUUUGAAAAAUGCUAUGACUACUUUGCCGGAAAAUCGCCGCAAGGAGUAUGUCAAAGUUGCUAAUGAAUUGGUUGAUUACUUGACUGAGAUGGAUCGGCAUGUUCGAUCGCCAAAGGUAUAUGAAUCGUACUUAUACUAUGAGAAGACAUUGAAAUCAAUAGAUGAGCUUGUAGCUAUGUUAGUAUAG